CAUCGCUCCUUCUACUGCAGCGCCUUCGCCGAGCGGACUGGCUCGCGGCUCUCAUCCGAGUCCUAAGUGCACCCAGUCGGAUCUAUUAAACGACCAGCGCCGGCUCCCCGGAAGCUCUCAGCUCGUACCCAAAUGCAAGCUAUUAAAUGCGUGGUGGUCGGCGACGGGGCUGUGGGUAAGACCUGUCUGCUGAUAAGCUACACCACCAAUGCAUUCCCAGGGGAAUACAUCCCCACUGUCUUUGACAACUAUUCUGCCAAUGUGAUGGUGGAUGGGAAACCGGUCAACCUGGGCCUUUGGGACACAGCCGGCCAGGAGGACUACGAUAGGCUCAGACCAUUAUCAUACCCACAGACGGAUGUGUUCUUGAUAUGCUUCUCCCUGGUCAGUCCGGCUUCCUUUGAGAACGUCCGAGCUAAGUGGUACCCUGAAGUGAGACACCAUUGCCCCAACACACCCAUCAUCCUGGUGGGCACCAAGCUAGAUCUGCGAGAUGACAAGGACACCAUCGAGAGGCUGCGGGACAAGAAGCUCUCCCCCAUCACGUACCCACAGGGUCUGGCCAUGGCAAGAGAGAUUGGGGCUGUAAAGUACCUGGAGUGUUCCGCCCUGACCCAGCGAGGCCUGAAGACGGUGUUUGACGAGGCCAUCCGAGCCGUGCUCUGCCCUCCGCCCGUGAAGAAGAGGGGAAAGAGGUGCACGAUGUUCUGAGAGGAGGAAAAUACUGCGAAGACAUGUCACUGCGAGUCAUUAAACAAGUACCACUACAUCUCUUAGAGGAUGAAGAGUGAAGUGAAGUGCGCACUGCUUCGAUUGCUUUGUUUAUAUUGAUGUUUUUUCAACGCGAUAUUGGUGCAAGGACCAAUAUUUAUCUGAUUGUGUUAUCAUUACUGAAUAAGAUUAAAAAAAAAAUUUAAAAAAACAUUGACUGUCUACCUACAGUACUUUGUACUCAUAGAACCACACCGAGUUCCGAUGAGGGCUAACAAAAGGUUUCUAUUACUCAUCUUACACCGCUACGUCCUGUCUUUCUUAGUCCCGCUUGCUUGAGUGAAUGCCGUUUUGACUGAUAGAAAGUGAACCGUGAACGUGUUAAGGAUAGCGAGUACGUUUUUAGUUUCUUUCGAGGGACUACUUGGCAAUUUAGCCGUCGGUAAAAACUAGUCAUGGAAUUACGAUUUAUUAGAAAUUUAGUCUGUAAAUAUUUUUCCUGCUAGAAUAAUUGAAUUCUAUUUAUUGAGAGUAUUAAUUGACAUGAAAUACACUCCUAGAGAUGCAAUCGACUCUUUUAUCAUGAAAUGAUGAUGGGAAGUUAUGGUUUCUUGGCCAGAAAAAUGUGUCAAAACUGUCAGUUGCUAUUCAUCCAAUUCAUUGCGUAUUUUAAUUUAAUUUCAUCUCAUAGUCUAGAAGUUUCAAGUAUGUACUUAAAUGAAGACGCGUGACCAAGCCCGGUUUUAAAAUAUAUUGUUACAACUGGAAAUUUGUGACUGCGAACGAGUUCUGUUCCUACGCUGGCGACGUAACCCGAAUUUUCGCGUGAGUCGGAAUUAACCUUUAAGUACUCUUAAAUGCCCCCUAAAUGUUAAAAUAACUACCGUAAUUUUCGGACUUUAAGCCGCCACUUUUUUCCUUCAUUUUGAAUCCUGCAGUUUAUAGGCCAGUGCGGUUUAUUUGUUGAUUUAUUGGGGUUAAUAGGUAACACUCUAUUUGACAGCGGCGUCUUAAGACUGUCAUAAGAGCGUCAUAAUUAUGACAUGACACUAUCAUGGGCAUUAUUGAAUGCUUAUGACAGAUGUCAUUAAUUGUCACUACAUUUAUGUCCAUCUUGGAUCUUUUAAAUCCAUUCAAAAGUAACACGGAUAACACUAAACAAAUGUGUUAUAAGCACUCAUUAAUGCUCAUGACAGUGUCAUGUCAGAAUUAUGAUUGUCUUAUGACAGUCUUAUGGCGCCAAUGUCAAAUAAAGUGUUACCAAAUACCAUAACUAGCAAUUAAUGAAACAACUGGAACAGUAACUGAAGAAAUAAUUAGCACAGAAUAUGAAUUUUGAUUGUUAUUUAGAUCUGUACCACUGCAAUGCAUGUUAGGAGGCAUGUGGGACGACAACAGUGUUGACAGCAGGUGGGAGCAGAGGUUGACUGCCUCCCCCAAAGGAGCAGUGAUGGCCAAAUGAAGCUUAUUGAAGCAAUGAAGCUUUGCAGCCAAUUGGUUCAAAGCUUCAUGGUUGUUCAUUUGGUCUUAUGACAGUCUUAUGAUGCCACAGUCAAAUAAAGUGUUCCCGGUUAAUAUCUUUUGGUGUAAAUAUCCAGUAAAGCAGUGAGGACAGCUGCCAUUUAUAGUCCAGUGCAGCUUAUCUCUGAACAAAUUUUAUAGUCAAGUUUGGUGGAUGACGGCUUAGUCAAGUGCGCCUUACAGUCCGAAAAUUUGGGUAAUCAAGUAGUUGUUGCAGCCUUAUUAAGAGGCUGGUUUAGACAGUAAGAUGUUGUAAAAUGGCAAAAAUGUGAAUUGUUUAGUAAAAGCAGAUUUUUGUUCAAGUCCUACUUUGACUUAACAAAAAUAUAAUGAAGAAAUGUGAUAAUAUCUGCACCUGAUGGGUUAUACAGUGGUAUGAAAAAGUAUCUGAACCUUUCGGAAUUUCUCACAUUUCUGGAUAAAAUCACGAUCAAAUGUGAUCUGAUCUUUGUCAAAAUCACACAGAUGAAAAAACUGCUUUAACUAAAACCUCCCAUUUAUAGGUUUUCAUUAUUUAAUGAGGUUAGUAUGCAAACAAUGACAGAAAGGGGAAAAAUAUGUGAACCAUCACAUUUAAUAUUUUGUGCACCCCCCCUUUGGCAGCAAUAACCUCAACCAGAUGCUUCCUGUAGCUGCAGAUCAGUCCGACACAUCAAUCAGGACUAAUCUUCUCGAAGAAAAAAAAAACAGUCAGAUUCCUGGGAUGUCUGACAUGAAUCGCUGUCUUAAAGUCAUGCCACUGCAUCUCAAUGGGGUUCAAGUCUGGACUUUGACUUGGCCACUCCAGAACUUGUAUUUUGUUCUUCUGAAACCAUUCUGAAGUUAAUUUACUUCUGUGUUUUGGAUCCUUAUCUGGUUGCAGCAUCCAUCCUCUUUUUAGCUUCAACUGUCUGACAGAUGGCCUCAGGUUUUCCUGCAAAACAUCCAGAUAAACUUUUGAAUUCAUUCUUCCAUUAAUGAUUGCAAGUUGUCCAGGCCCCGAGGAAACAAAACAGCCCCAAAUCAUGAUGCUCCCUCCACCAUGCUUCACUGUGGGGAUGCGGUAUUGAUGUUGGUGAGCUGUUCCAUUUUUCCUCCACACAUGACGUUGUGUGUUACUCCCAAACAAUUCAACUUUGGUUUCAUCAGUCCACAAAAUAUUUUGCCAAAACUUCUGUGGAGUGCCCAAGUGCCUUUUUGUGAACAUUAAACAAGCAACAAUGUUUUUUUAGACAUGAGUGGCUUCCUCCGUGGAGUCCUCCCAUGAACACCAUUCUUGGGCAUUGCUUUACAUAUAGUUCAUGUGUGCAAAGAGAUAUUGGACUGUGCCAGUGAUUUCUGUAGGUCUUUAGCAGACACGCUAGAGUUCUUUUUUACCACUUGGAGUAUUCUGCGCUGAACUCUUGGCCUCAUGUUAAUAGACAUUUUCUCCCUCGGACAUGGUUGAUGACCAGCUUGCAUGGAUUUAGCUGAAACUGGACUGGAACCGCGUCCCUCGAUUCAAAUAAGAAGUUUCAAAAGAAGCAACAGUGCCAAACUCUCUCCAUUUGUAGACAACUUCGCUGACUGUCGAUUGAUGGACAUCCAUACUUUUAGAGAUGGUUUUGUAUCCUUUCCCAGCUUUAUACAAAUCAGCAAUCCUUGAUCGCAGGUCUUCAGACAGCUCUUUUGACCGAGCCAUGAUGCACAUCAGGCAACACUUCUCAUUGAGACAAUUCUUACCAGGUGUGUGUUUUAUAGUGAGCAGGGCAGCUUUAAACCACUCAUCAGUAAUUGGGCACACACCUGACUUACAUUGUCUGGUAAAAUUGGUUUCAUUUGCUCUUUAAGUCUUGUUCGGGAGAGGGUUUACUUACUUAUUUUUACCCCGUUCUGUCACUGUUUGCAUGCUAUCCUCAUUAAAAUAGGAAAACCUAUAAAUGUUGGUGAGGUUUUAGUUAAAGCAGCAACUGUUUUUACAUCUGUGUGAUUUUGACAAAGAUCAGAUCACAUUUGAUGGUGAGUUUAUGCAAAAAUGUGAGAAAUUCCUAAAGGUUCAGAUACUUUUCAUACAACUGCAGGUUAUAAUUUCAAGAAAUUAGACAAGUUUAAGGUGAAGAAAGUCCGAAACGAUUAUUUUGUUGUCAAAAUAGGUGUCGAUUAAUUAGCUCAUCGAUUAGUUGUCGAUUAAUCGAUUAAUUGUUGCACCUCUAAUUUGAUGGUUUCUCAAAAGACUGUGACUAUUAUCAGACUGCUUGCAUGAGUUGUAUAACAAUUUGGCAAAUGUGUUGAUCCAGAGAUCGAUAAACAACCUUCUUGUUAUGAGUACUCACACAUUUAAAAAAUGAUGAAAUAUCAAAAAUAUUUCAAUUGUGCUGUGCUCCAUUUGGAAUCAAUUAGAGUUGUUUGAUUGAUUAAAAAGAAUAUGAUCAUGUCAAAACAUUAAAAAACGCACUGUUGUGAGUUUAAAUGACAUUUUAUUAAUCAAGAUGCAUUUUGUUACGAAAAAAGUUGCAAAAAUUAAACUUUUGAUUUGUUGUUUUGUUUUGUUUUGUCAAACACCCUCUGAUCUUACUCGAGCGUUUGAGUAACUUCAUCCUUACUGUGAACAUGUGAAAAACCUUGCUGCCUCUGAGGGUGGAGGAGUUUGCAUGGGUCUUAAAAUAUUCCGUUAUUGUUUUGAUGUCGUCUGUGUGUGCGCGUGCGUGCAAGAACAUUGCUCGACAGUUUGGAGAAGUGCAUGAAAGACUUUUUUUUUUUAGUGUCAAGUUUUUGGUACAAUUUCAUAUUGUAUUGCAGUAAUAAACACGGCUGUCGAAAGGAACUAUCGUCAAAUGAUGUACAGGCUGAAUGCUUUACCAAUAUAACUGAAUAUUUAGCUCUUAUCACUAUAGGCAAAGUGAUUCACGUUGAAGUGUUGCUACCAUUGUAAAAUAAAGGGGCUGAUUUUUGGUUGGGUUUAGUUGCCAGUGAUUUUUUUUUUUUAAAUGCACCUUUUAUGAAGUGUAAUAAUGCAUUUCUGUACGGGUGCAGGGCUGUGGGGCGAGAUAUAUCACUCCCACCCACCUUGUUAUACUGUAAUUUGCUGGCGUAGCAGAUGGUGUGGUCGUCCUGCCUUGUUUAGGUGUCAAAGUUAGGCUGAAAAAUGCAGCGCCAAUUCUGAAACUACUACUGCAUGGAAGUUCUCUGGUUAUUUGACACAAUGUAAUCCUUAGGAGAGGUUGAAACGCUUUGGCCAUGUAUGUACGUAAUGUAAGAUGAAUUGUAUACUUGUUCCAACUGUGUCUCAUUUUUAAAAAUUUUAUUACUUCACAUCUGUGUGGUUAAAUAUUUCAAUUUUUUGGAAUACCAAAUACAAAUGUAUAUGUACGCCAACUUGUUGUCCUGAUUUAUUCGGCACACGAGACAUUACAUGUAAAAAAUUUUAAAAAAUAAAAAAGUCAUUCAAGAAAAUGGAAUAAAAGUACCUGGAUAUGGACACUUUAGUAGCGUGAUGAUUAAAUUAUCCGAAAGGAAUGGACAUUUAAGCUAAUUGAAAUUUUAAAAGAUAAAAGCCUUAUCUCUGUAAUGUUGUGAUUUCUCAUUUAAACUGGCAGGUAGUUUGUGUUGGAGUGUCUUGCCCAUGCAAGGACACAAGAUAGUGGGCAGUUGAAGUUGGGAUUCAAAGGUGUAAAAUCAUUGUUUAGGACCUUCUGCCAUCUGGUACUGUGGCCCUGAAGUACAAAACA